CCACUUCGCAGGGUCCGCCACUUUUUCUCUCGUUCCUCACACUUUUUUAUCCUUCUUACUUUCUUACUUUCUCUUUUCCUUUGUAUACUUCUUUCAAGUUUCCCUACUCGUUUGAAGGCUGGAGCUACUAUUAUGCGGCUUAUCGUUCGACAAGAUCAUGAAGAAGUAGCUUCCUAUGUUGCUUAUUAUGUGAAAGAACGAAUUAAUCAAUUCCAACCUACUCAGGAACGGCCGUUUGUACUCGGAUUGGCAACAGGCUCUUCACCUAUCCUGGUCUAUCACAAGCUCGUUGACUUUUACGCAGCUGGACAAGUUAGCUUUGAGCACGUCGUUACCUUUAAUACUGACGAAUAUGUUGGUCUACCAAAGGAUCAUCCACAAUCGUACCAUACCUUCAUGUGGAACCACUUGUUCAAACACGUCAACAUUAAAAAGGCAAACGUACACAUUUUAGACGGCAAUGCAAGUAACCUUGAUGAAGAAUGUCGGAAAUUCGAAGCAGAAAUUGCAAAGUUAGGUGGAAUCGAACUUUUCUUGGGAGGUAUCGGCCCUGAUGGACAUAUUGCUUUUAAUGAGCCAGGCUCGUCACUCACAUCACGUACGCGUGUCAAAACACUUGCAUACGAGACAAUUAUUGCAAACGCUCGGUUUUUCGGAGGCGACAUUUCACGGGUACCCAAGCUUGCGUUGACCGUAGGUGUAGCGACUGUGAUGGAUGCACGGGAAGUUAUGGUAGUUAUCACGGGCGCGCACAAGAGCUUGGCAUUAGCAAAGUGCGUUGAAGAAGGCGUAAAUCACAUGUGGACUGUAUCUGCGAUACAGAUGCACCCCAAGGGUCUGAUCGUCUGUGACGAAGAUGCUACCUUGGAGCUCCAUGUCAAGACUGUAAAGUACUUUAAAUCCAUUGAACAUGUGCACCAUUCGAUUAUCGGCCCACACAAUCUGGGAUUGCAGGGGAACUUAUUACGAAACAUGGUGGAUACAAACCAAGCUGCAAAGCGUCGUAGGCGACUGAUGCUGCAAAGCUUAUUAAACAACGACGAUGAAAAGUCAGAAGAGGAGGAUGAGGAAAAGAAGGCUGCAGCAGCAGCUGUGGAAGAAGCAGGCAAGAAACGCAAGCGAAGCAAUUCCACAUAUUGGGAGGAAACGUCUGCAGCACUUGAUGUCAAUCCAUAAACACACCGUCUCCCUUUUUACUUUUCCUUUGCGUAUAUUCCAUUUUACUCAUGUUACCUUUUUCUCUUGUCAUCAUAUUUAUACAACAACUAGUAACUUUGCAUAUCACAAAAUAUAUAAUCCAGGAUUCUUUCUAGCGGAGGGAGUGGGGAGGGGUGUAGUAGUCCAUCAAAAAAAAUCUCAGCGCCAAAAGAGCAAAUAUUUUUUUU